GCUUCAUGGUCUUCAUGGUCCAUAAUGGCUCCAGGCACUUUGAUUUUUUUGUUACUGAUUUGUGGUAUACAAGUGUUAUAAACAAACUUACGUACUGUACUUACUUACUGGUAGACCAACCAAACUUAUAAAUUAUUCCUUUUUCACUGACGACAUAUUUGAGUAAAAACAAAAUAAUUAGCUAAUCGACGCAUAGUUAGUGUUCGACUGAACGGCAGUAUUCCAGUUUAUCGAGUUAUGAAGUUUUGGAUUACCGUGUGGAUUUUCUGUCGUGCAUCUAUCGUGAUUGGUACACCGAUCCUAGGUGGUGUGGAUGCUGAAUACAGACAAUACAAAUACCAAGUUUCCCUGCGCGAACUUAUAAUCAACGACCGACAUUGUCAGCAUUUUUGCGGUGGUUCCAUCAUAUCCAAUUCGUGGAUUUUAACGGCAGCCCAUUGUGUGGACAAUAGUCGGAUUGAAAAGGAUAUUCGAAGGAUUCAAAUAGUUGCUGGCAUAACGUAUCUGAGCGAUGUCGGCGACACAUAUUUUGUUAAAUCGUGCGCGAUACAUGAACAUUGGAAUAAAAAACGAAUUUGCAACGACAUUGCCGUGCUGGAGACGACAAGAAAAAUACAAUUUUCCUCGGCAGUUAGACCGAUUCCGUUGGCUACUCAUAAUCCUCCUGAAAAUACCAUCACAACUCUAACAGGUUGGGGAUACAUUAGCGAUGAUGUGGGUCUGGAUACAGUCCCAAUUGCACAUACUUUACAAGUAGCACACUUCGAAAUGAUAAGUCUGCAGGACUGUCGAAAGCAGUUUAACGAUGCUAAAUAUCCUGGAAGACUGGUUAUUCAGAGCAAUAUUUGUAUAGCUCAACCCGCAGCCACAGGACAAUGUAAUGGAGAUUCGGGCGCUGCUUUAACAGUGAAUGGUACACAAAUUGGAAUCGUAUCAUUUGGUGGUCAGUGUGGCGAGGGUCUACCUGGUGUGCUGGCUAGUGUAGCUGUGUUUUUAAAUUGGAUAAAAGAGAAAACGGGAAGUUGAAGAAUAGCCAAUAAAAAAUGCCGGAAGUGGAAACUGGA